AUGGAGUCUGGUUCGGACUGGUCAGUUACUCCCGAGCCUGAGGCCUGCCCUCAGCACUAUGGUGAGAACCAGCCAACAGAGAAGAACCUUCCUUCCAAUCGGUCCCCCUUAGUUCCUACAAUGUCCACCCAGAGUGUGUGCUGUUUACAGCAGUUCAUAACCAAGAGAAAUGACCGGAGCUGCACACGAGAUGGCCGUCUUUUGCUGCUGCUUGGCCUCGGUCGGUUCUUGCAACGCCCCCAGGAGAUGAUGAAGGGGAUCACAGCAAACCUUUCUCAGGAAGAGCUGCAACCCGACCAACAGACGGCUCAGCAACCAACGAACUCAGCCCUGUCAGAUAAAACAUCAGCCUCACCCCCAACAUCCAGAAGGACUUAUUUUGUCAUGCCCAAGGGACACACUUUGAGUAAAGACCAAAACUGUCUACAUGGGCUGAGAGUCUGGUGAAAAGCGCUGGACAUGAAUGAGUCAUGCCUGUUGGGCUUCAUACAUGGCUCCACCAAUAGGGUACAUAGAGUUCCCAAGACCGCCAGCUGGAAAUGUGGACGAACUCCCAGCCUAAGCCGCUGUGAGAGCCUAGGACUGGAACAUAGUGUGUGCAAGAUCACCGCAGGCCAGCAGUGCCCCAGGUGCCAGGGGUACAGUGUCACCUCAUUGAAGAGGAUCUUGACAGUCAGUGCUGACCAGCCGUUCUCUGUGGCCCUAAACUGUAAACCACAGGGCUCUGAGGAAAAAGAAGGACAUUGUUGUUCCUAUGCUUCUGCUACAUGUCUGUCCCUUAGUAAAAAAAAAAACGGCCCAAUACAGUGCAAGCCAAUUAGAAACCAUAACUGAUCCUAAAACCCAGAUUCACAUUCUCGCUCUCACCCUCUCUCCCUCAAACUGGAGUUCUUCCUUGUCUGGCUCUAAAGCUGCCCCAAAGCUGAGUCUACCCAAGUGGACAAAGGUACAGAGAGAAAGUCCAAGCCAGACAGUGAAUGAGGGUGAGACAUAGGCUCGGCGCUGUCCUUUAUUUAUUUAUUUUUAAUUGUUUUUUAUAUUCUUCACAAAUAUGGUUAUUAUUUUAUUACCAUGGAUGACUAUUCUCUCUCUCUUUUUAUUUUUCCAUUCAAAAUUUCCACUUCCUUCCCUCCUCCCAAUCCCCCCCACGCACUCCCCCACUCACCGUCCUCCCAUGCCCUGUGGGAAGUCCAAGGCCCUCCCCACUACAUCCAGGCCUAGGAAGGUAUGCAUCCAAACAGACUAGGAUCCCAAAAAGACAGUACAUGCAGUAGAAACAAGUCCCGGUGCCAUUAUCAAUGGCUUCUCAGUCAGCGCCAUUCAGAGAGUCCGGUUUGAUCACAUGCUCGUUCAGUCCCAGUCCAGCUGGAUUUGGUGAGCUCCCACUAGAACAGGCACACUGUCUCUGUGGGUAGACGCACCCCUCGUGGUUCUGACUUCCUUGCUCAUCUUCUCCCUCCUUCUGCUCUUCAACUGGACCUUGCUUUAAAGAAGUGUGAGCAUGUGUGUGCGCCCGAGUACAGCUGCCUCGCAGCACACGGGUUGCCCGUGCUCCAGACGGCUCAGAGCCACAGCUCUGUCCUUGUACAAUCUGUGUUCCUGCCCCAGGAUCUCCUCAGUACAGUCUGUGUUCCUGCUCCAGGAUCUCCUCAGUACAGUCUGUGUUCCUGCUCCAGGAUCUCCUCAGUACAGUCUGUGUUCCUGCACCAGGAUCUCCUCAGUACAGUCUGUGUUCCUGCCCCAGGAUCUCCUCAGUACAGUCUGUGUUCCUGCCCCAGGAUCUCCUUCUCAGUACAGUCUGCGAUCCUGCGCCAGGAUCUCCUUCUCAGGGCUGUUGCUCUUUUCGCAGCCGCAGCCGAGCAAAGCCUUGCUGCUCUGGAGUUGUGUCCGAAGAGUGGCAAACUAUGGGAAAUGUGGAGGGUAGCGAUGGGACGAUGAUGUGUAGGCCACGCUUCAAGCAGGGUUGUCUUCAAUCUUGAUGCUUUCUCUGCCAGUUUUGAGUCCUCGGAGUGAACAGUGCAUGAAGCACAAAGUUACCAUUCCUCAUUGCUGUGCAAAUGUGUGCUCCUGUUUGUCCCCUUAUUUCUUUCCUUCAUCCUGAGCCCACUCUUUUUUUUUAAUGUUUAAUUUUAAAUAAAU